AAAAAUAGUAUUGUUAGGCUUGGGCAAGAGCGUCCAUUUUGUGCUGUGUUAUGGGAUGCACAUGUUUGUGGACUCAAAACUUUUGCAAUAAUAUUUAUUUACAAUUUUCGUAAUAAUGUCUGCGUUGGAAUUGGCUGACAUCACCGUUGAAAAAUUAACCCGUGAACAUCUCAGGAAUAUAAAUGAUACCACCAGUACAAAAUCAAGAGACGAACACAGGGCGAGUAGAAGGGGAAGCGACAAUACACCUCCGCCUAUACACCCAAACAUCGAUUUAGAGCAAGGAAAAACGUUGCCUGAAUAUUUACAAGGAGACAUACCCGAUGAUUACCUCUGCCAAGAGUUGGUUGAUAUCGAUCCGUACUAUGCCGAUAAAAGGACGUACGUAAUUUUGGAUAAGAACUACGUGAUCUACAGGCUGACAUGUGACAGGGCGUUAUAUUGUCUCGGUCCCCUCAACAUUGUAAGAAAAAUCACAAACAGAAUCUACAUUCAUUCAGUGUUCAACAGCAUUAUUAUGCUCACCAUUCUUUGCAAUUGCUUCUUCAUGACAUUCGGGAAAAAUAUUGACUGGGUAGACAACUACGUUGAGCGAAUAUUCCUGGGAAUCUACUCUUUUGAGGCCAUCGUCAAAAUACUAUCACGCGGUUUCGCUUUUUCUCCUUUUACGUACAUGAGAGAUGCUUGGAACUUACUUGAUAUUAGCGUUAUCAUCACUGCCUAUAUGGAUAUCGCAAUGGCUGUUCGCGCUGCAUCGCAGGGAGAAGGGAAAGGAACAAAGAUACCGGGCAUGGCUGCUUUGAGAGCGUUUCGUGUUUUACGAGCAUUGAAAGCUAUAUCAGCCAUACCAGGCUUGAAAGCUCUAGUGUCUGCGCUUAUAGAAUCAGUUAAAGCAUUGAAAGACGUUAUGAUUUUAACGUUUUUUUGCCUGUCGGUUUUUGCACUGAUUGGACUUCAACUAUUUAUGGGAAGUUUACGAAACAAAUGUGUGCGAUCGUGGCCUCCACAUCAUUACAGCAUUUUGAUGGAUAUGUGGCUGACAGGAAAUUUUACAAAUUUCAAUUUUUCGGACCCUUAUCCGAUCUCACCCAACGAUACCUUUGAAGUAGUUGAUCCAAAUAUCACCGUAUCUAAAGCCAUGGAAUGCAAGCCGAAUCCGGACUGCAAUUCGACAACAUACAUAUGGUACAAUCAAAGCUAUGAGGAAUGGAUAGCAGAUGAAUGUAACUACUGUUUCGUCAGAGGUGAUCCGUGGUUAUGCGGGAAUGGCACAAAUAGCGGGCAAUGUUGGGACGGAUUCUUUUGCGUAUUGACCGGAGACAACCCAAAUUUUGAUUACACAAGUUUUGAUACCUUUUACUUGGCUUUCCUCUCAUUGUUCCGUUUGAUGGCGCAAGAUUAUUGGGAGAAUCUUUACCAAUUGACCCUUCGUGCAAACGGAAAAGUUUACAUGAUAUUUUUUAUGAUCGUCAUAUUUCUCGGUUCGUUUUACUUGAUUAAUCUCAUUUUGGCUGUUGUUGCUAUGGCCUACGAAGAUCAAUAUCAGUUAGUAGCACAAGAAGAAGAACGAAAACGAGAAUUGAUGAGAAUGAAGAAAAAUGAACUGGAUGCUCUACUGGUACAAGUUCAUGAUGCUGAAGUGAAACUUGAAAGUAGAAGGACAAGUAGAGCAAAUAUCGACUCUUCUCCGGCGUCAUCUAACGGUUCAAUAGCAUCAUUAUUACGAAGAAGAAGUAGCACGCAACCUGGUCGCCAAUUUACAAGUCCAAGAAUAAUUAAGAAGUUGAAUGGAAAUCACAAUAAUCCCGUCGACAACGAGACAAUACCGGAAACUGACAGCAUUGGAAGCAGAACAGGUUCUGUUAAUUUUUCCUUAUUGAAUGAAAACAUGGCAUCAUCCAACUCCAGGCGUCAAACUGUGACGCAAAUUCCCGAAAUUAUCAUCAAUUCUUCGUCAUUCAACGGACCACAUCACCCAGUGGAAGAAUUACACCAAUCAGUUCUUGCCGAAAAACUGCACCUAGAAUUAAACAAAAUUAAAGAUCAAAUGAUACUUCCAGACAAGCAACCAAAUAAUGAAGUCAGCAGCACAAUUGUAGACCAAAACGGCACAGUUAUGUUAGUGUCUCGUCAUCCGUCCCAACCAACAUUGCUACCAGAAGUCAUUGUGGAGUCACCAAGUGAACAUAACGGAAGGUCAUCACCUGAGUGUGAAAUGAUUCCGAUGGACAAUUUAAAGCCAACUAUGUCAAGAUCGCGACUGCCAUCUAUUGAUCUACUAAGCGAGCCUCAGCUGGCUUUGUUGAAACAAAGAGCGUUGAGUCAAGCUUCUAUUAUGACAGCAGAAUUGGACAAGCAAGAUCGAAAAUGUAGUCCAUGCUGGUACGACUUCACUGAUAUAUUUUGUAUUUGGAACUGCGGUGGACCGUGGACUAAAGUUCAUCGAGUUUGCAAGAUAAUUUGCGAAGAUCCAUUCCUCGACCUUUUUAUUACAAUAUGCAUCCUUUUGAACACCGGAUUCUUAGCAGCAGAACAUAAACCGAUGGAUGAAUCAUUUUCAAAUGUUUUGAAAAUGUCGAAUGAUGUUUUUACAGCCAUUUUUACCGCAGAAAUGGUGAUCAAAAUGGUGGGAAUGCAUCCAUAUUAUUAUUUCCAAGAAGCGUGGAACUGUUUUGACUCCGUCAUUGUAUCAUUUUCUUUGCUUGAGUACGCUCUGGUGCAAGUGGAAGGACUUUCAGUGCUUCGAACGUUUCGAUUGAUGAGGGUUUUCAAACUUGCAAAAUCUUGGCCUACAUUGAACAUGCUAAUUAAAAUUAUUGGAAAUUCGAUGGGAUCGUUGGGAAAUCUGACGUUCAUUCUUCUAAUUAUAUUGUUUAUCUUUGCCGUCGUUGGAAUGCAAUUGUUCAGCGAGAAAUACGAAAAAGCAAAUUUGAUUUUGGAGGCAAAAGGAGAAGUGAUGAGAUGGCACAUGAUGGAUUUCUUUCACUCAUUUUUAAUCGUAUUUCGGAUAUUAUGUGGAGAAUGGAUAGAAACUAUGUGGGACUGUAUGCGGUGGGGAGGCGAGUUGGCUGGAGUUUGCAUCCCUGUUUUUAUGCUGGUUCAUGUUGUCGGAAAUCUUGUGGUUCUGAAUUUGUUUCUGGCGCUUUUACUCAGUUCAUUUAGUGCUGAUACUUUUGUGAAAGAUGAGGAUGAAGAAUUAAAUGCAAUACAACUUUCGAUGAUUAGAAUUCAUAAAUUCAUUGAUUACUUGAAAUCGAAAAUUGCGUUGGCAAAAUCGAUUAUUAUUGAAUCAUGCAGAAAAAAAUUUGUCAACGGAUUUGAUUCAAAGUUAAAAACAAAGAGGUACAAUUGUAAUGACGUUGCUGGCAAGGAGAAUCCAGAAUCGACCGGAAAUGGUCUCACUUCAGGAAUGAAGUUAACUAGUAUUGUCAAACCUUACGAAGGCCUCAUCGAAGAAAAGCAGAGAAAAAGUUGCUUUGAUUUAUCACAUAAUACAAAAAUGGCGGAUCAUGACAUCCACGUUACUUGGUCUCCGCAUCAUAUCAAAGUUCCGAGAGCAAGCGAAGAAUCUGAUGUUGAUAUAUCUGACAGUGAAGACGAACAAUCACUUGGCGGUGAAAGCGCUGCAAACAGUUUUAUAUCGUAUGAUGGGAGUUCACGAAGUGGAUCCGGAACAUGGGAAACAAGAUCAGAGUGUAAUCAGAUUGAAGUUCCGUCUACGCAACCUUUAGACGAACAAGAUCUUCCAGCACCUUGUUGGCCUCUUAGAUGUUCAGCCAGGGUUGUUUGCUGCAAUCCUCCAGUCGAUGAAGGAUGCUGUCUAGUUUGGUGGAACAUGAGGAAAAUAUGUUUCAGAAUUGUGGAACAUGCUUGGUUUGAGAGUUUCAUCAUCCUUAUGAUUUUAUUUAGCAGCGGUGCUUUGGCGUUUGAAGAUAUUUACUUGAAAGAUAAAAAAGUGUUGCAACGCAUAUUGAAGUACGCCGAUCGAAUAUUCACCUUCGUCUUUAUAUUCGAAAUGUUAUUGAAAUGGGUCGGAUAUGGAUUCAAAAAAUAUUUUACAAACGCUUGGUGCUGGUUGGAUUUCCUAAUUGUCGGAGUAUCGUUGAUUGGGUUGGUUGCAGAAGCAUUGGGAAGGGACAAUAUUGGAAGCAUUCGAUCAUUGAGAACGCUCAGAGCACUAAGACCUUUGAGAGCAAUGUCUAGGUUUGAAGGCAUGAAGGUUGUCGUAAAUGCUCUGGUCGGUGCAAUACCGUCGAUUUUUAAUGUCCUUCUCGUCUGCUUAAUAUUUUGGAUGAUUUUUUCAAUUAUGGGAGUGAAUUUAUUUGCUGGAAAAUUUUAUAAAUGCUUAAAUACGACCUCACUGGAAAGAUUAGAAGCGCAUAACGUUACAAUUGGAAAUAUAACAUUUCCGAACAUAACCAAGGAUGUUUGCGAAUAUAUACAUCAAAAUGUAAGCAGUGAAAUAAUGUGGAGAAAUUCGAAGGUUACCUAUGACAACGUUUUCAACGGUUAUUUAGCUUUAUUACAGAUAGCUACUUACAAAGGUUGGAUGGACAUCAUGUACGAUGCCGUAGAUGUCACAAAAGAAAAUGAGCAACCUAGUUUUGAACAAAGCAGUGGAUAUUAUAUAUAUUUUGUCAUUUUUAUCGUUUUCGGGAGCUUUUUUACAUUAAACUUGUUCAUCGGUGUCAUCAUUGAUAACUUCAGUCAACAGAAGAAAAAAUUGGGAGGCCAAGAUAUUUUCAUGACUGAAGAACAACGCAAAUACUACAAUGCCAUGAAAAAAUUGGGAUCCAAGCAACCUCAAAAACCAGUUCCCCGACCGAACAACGAGUUACAAGGUUGGGUAUUCGACAUCGUCACUCAUCAAACAUUUGAAAUAGCCAUCAUGACACUCAUUAUUUUGAACAUGGUGACGAUGAUGAUUGAACAUCAUGAUAUGUCAGUCAUGUUGGACAAAAUUUUGGAAUACAUCAAUUACAUUUUUAUCACAGUAUUUACUGGAGAAUUUGUGUUGAAGUUGUUCGCCCUCCGCCUUUAUUAUUUCAAAAAUGCUUGGAACGUAUUUGACUUCAUCGUUGUCAUAUUGUCGAUUGUUGGUACAACUAUGAGUGGAGUGAUUAAGCAAUAUUUUGUGCAGCCUACCCUUUUCCGCAUGAUUCGACUUGCUCGAAUUGGUAGAAUUUUGCGUUUAAUUCGAGGUGCAAAAGGAAUUCGUACACUGCUUUUCGCUCUGAUGAUGUCACUGCCAGCUUUAUUCAAUAUUGCACUGCUACUCAUCUUAGUCAUGUUUAUUUACUCAAUAUUGGGGAUGUCUCAGUUUGCUUAUGUUCAGCGAGGUGGAAUAAUUGACGACAUUUUCAAUUUUGAAACAUUUGCAAAUUCAUUUCUUUGCUUGUUCAUGAUAACAACAUCAGCAGGUUGGGCCGGUUUGCUAAGUCCGAUAAUGAACUUCGGGCCACCAGAUUGCGAUCCAACACUCGAUAACGGGAACCCAAAUAAAAAUGGCGAUUGUGGCUCGUCUAUCGGAGUACCAUUUUUUGUCACGUAUCUUAUUAUGACGUUCCUUAUCGUUGUAAAUAUGUAUAUUGCAAUUAUUUUGGAAAACUUUGGUGUUGCGACAGAAGAAAGUGCUGAACCUCUAGGAGAAGAUGAUUUCGAAAUGUUUUACGAAGUUUGGGAAAGAUUCGAUCCAAAGGCGACGCAAUUUAUUGCGUACGAGCACUUGUCUGAUUUCGUGGACAGCUUAGAUGAACCACUGCGAGUAGCAAAACCCAAUCGAUAUACAUUAAUUGAUAUGGAUCUUCCAAUGGUUAUGGGGGACAGACUACAUUGCCUCGAUGUCCUAUUCGCUUUAACUAAGCGAGUUUUAGGAGAGUCAGAUGAACUAGAAGGACUAAGAUCACAAAUGGAAGAAAAAUUCAUGGAAUCAAAUCCUUCAAAACUAUCCUAUGAACCAAUCACAACGACUUUACGACGAAAACAGGAAGAACUAUCGGCUGUUAUCAUACAGCGAGCAUGGCGCCGCUACAGAAUUCGUCACGCUGUGCAUACGGCGUCGCGAAUGUUUUUAGGAUUAAAUUUGUCUGAACCAGAUGGUAAUGAACCAACUGAUGGAGAGCGAAACGCUCUUAGAUUGGGCGAUAACCAAAUUGAGAGAACAAGAUCUCUUGUAAGUAUCAUGAACGAAACAGUAGGAGAUCGUUCUCAACAGAAUGCUGUCGUUUAACCACACAUCCAAAGAAGACCAAACUGCAUCUUAUUAAAGAAUGCUUUUUGCUCAAGAAUUACGCCAAAAUCGGCAGGUGCAUGGACAUACAGUUUCAAAUGUAGCGGAUUUUAUAUAAUAAAAACAUUAGGCACGUCAUGAAAUUAACCGUCUGUCAGGAUUCGUACUUCAAAAUACGAAUAUCUUGAUAUUGCUUGGUACAGUUAUGCAAAAAAGGGGAUCGACAUUCCAGGUUCUGACUCAUGUACCGGUUCAUCAUAGAGCGAAACAAAUUGUAGAAGCCAUAUGCCAAACCAAAACAAUCAUGACGCGAUACCACUUCAGCCUAUUCUAUAGACAAGACUGCAUGAAGUUGGGUGAUCAGUUGAUUCAUUUCAAGUGAAAAUGUCUAUGUAUAUCUAAACUUCUUUUAAUGAUUUAGUUAUUUUCUUUGCACUUUGUGUUCCCGUAUGUUAAAUGUUCUUUUUUAAGGUGGACGCUGACUCGAGAUUUGUACCAUAUAUGCAUGCAAUUCAUCGAACAGGUCUACAAUAUAAAAGCUUUUUCUUGUACGUGAAGAACUAUCUUUCUUUAAUCAGUCAUAAUUUUUUCUUCUUCAAUAAUUGUUACAAAUUUAAUUUCUUUCUUUUUUGUAUUUAAUUCGUAACCAAAUUUAUUGUUGACCAAUGUGCUAUUGUAUUUAUUGUGUAAAAAACAAAUUGCUGUUUGCCUAAAUACAUGCGACACAUAUAUAUAUAUAUUACGUGACAAACAAAGAUCUUUUCAAUCAUUUAUUUAUUUGUCUCGACGUGCUUCAUCCCUGUCAUAAUAGGAAAGAGGCAAUUUCCAAGAGAUGUGUUAGUGCAUUACGAUUCCCAUAUAGCUUCAAAGAUACCUCGGCUAGAUGAGAAACAAAUGAUAAAUUGAUAGAUGUUAUCCCUUUGCAUGUGUCUGCCAAGAACUAAAAUGACUCAAAUAACAUUACAGCAAUUAGCAUGAACACUGAAUUGCCACAAGAUGAGUGCUCGCU